AUGAACCCCUACGACAAUCGUUACUCCGAUUCCACUUCCUUCCGCGGCCGCCGAAGUGAUCUCGUUGGACCUAUGCCGCCGCCUAAUUUCGGCCGUGGCGGUCCUGCUCCUUACGGUGCUUCUUAUGCAUCCCAUGCUCCCACCGGUUACGGAUCCGCAUCCGUAACCCCGAUUCCUCACUUUGUACCUCCUCCUGGUGGAUUUAGUGUCGGUCGGGGCGGUGGUUUUGGUCCUAGGUUGGGCAACGGUCACGCCUCUGAUAGAAAAUAUGACUCUGGUCGUUAUGGUAGUAGUGGUGGAGGUGGGAGAGGUCGUGGUGGUUUUGGUGGUGGUGGUAGAGGUGGAAGUCAAGGUUUUAGAGGCUCCGGUAGAGGAGGGAGAGGCGGUGGUUUUGGAGGUAGACAUGGAUCUUCUAAGGAUGACUUGAACAAUAUUACUCUUCCGAAGCAAGAUUUCAGGAAUUUGGUUCCUUUUCAGAAGAAUUUCUAUGUUGAAAGCCCUGUGAUAACAGCUAUGUCUGAUCAGCAAGUUAUGCAUUAUCGUGCGAGUAGGGAUAUUACUGUUGAAGGGCAUGAUGUGCCAAAACCAAUUCGGUCUUUUCAUGAGGCUAAUUUUCCUGAUCGUUGCCUUGAGGUUAUUGCCAAGUUGGGUUUUGUUGAACCCACUCCAAUUCAGGCUCAGGGUUGGCCCAUGGCUCUUACAGGUAGAGAUUUAAUUGGCAUUGCGGAGACUGGCUCGGGUAAAACUCUGUCAUAUUUACUUCCGGCUAUAGUUCAUGUCAGUGCACAACCUCGACUAGUACAAGGGGAGGGUCCUGUUGUCCUCGUUUUAGCACCAACUAGAGAGUUAGCUGUUCAAAUUCAACAAGAAGCUAUGAAGUUUGGGUCACGGUCAAAUCUUAGAUGUACAUGCAUAUACGGGGGUGCCCCAAAGGGCCCUCAAAUUCGUGAUCUUAGAAUGGGUGUUGAAAUUGUUAUUGCUACACCUGGUCGUCUAAUAGAUAUGUUAGAAGCUCGGCACACAAACCUCCAGAGAGUGACAUACCUUGUCUUGGAUGAAGCUGAUAGGAUGUUGGAUAUGGGUUUUGAACCUCAGAUUCGGAAGAUUGUAAACCAGAUUCGACCAGAUAGACAGACAUUAUACUGGAGUGCAACGUGGCCAAAGGAGGUUGAAGCUCUGGCAAGACAGUUUCUGCACAAUCCAUAUAAGGUAGUUAUUGGAUCACCCUAUCUAAAAGCAAACCAAUCUAUAAAUCAAGUUGUUGAAGUUGUCACUGACAUGGAGAAAUAUAACAGAUUGAUCAAGCUGCUAAAAGAACUGAUGGACGGGAGCCGAAUUCUAAUAUUUACGGAAACAAAAAAGGGAUGUGACCAAGUUACAAAGCAGUUGAGAAUGGAUGGAUGGCCAGCAUUAUCUAUCCAUGGUGAUAAAAACCAGUCUGAAAGGGACUGGGUUUUGUCUGAAUUUAAGAGUGGCAGAAGUCCAAUAAUGACUGCCACUGAUGUUGCUGCACGGGGUCUUGAUGUGAAGGACAUAAAAUGCGUGGUCAAUUAUGACUUUCCAUCAAGCCUCGAAGAUUAUGUCCACAGAAUUGGUCGAACUGGUCGUGCAGGAGCUAAAGGAACUGCAUACAGUUUUUUUACUCGUGCCAAUGCCAAGUAUGCCAGGGAUUUGAUAAAGAUCUUACAAGAUGCUGGUCAGGUUGUUAGUCCUGCAUUGUCUGAAUUGACCCGGUCAGCCGGUUUUGGUCAACAUGCAUCAAGAGGAGGUUUUCGCUCAAGAGGACGAGGAGGAGGCUAUGGCAGUCGGGGUUCAACAUCAGGAUCCAAUGCCAUUCCUGUAGGCGGGAAGAGGCCAUGGCAGUAUGUGUAA